AUGGCUUGUCGACUGGAAAAUAUGAAUGAGAUUCAUCAAGAGGUUCAAGUUUGGCUGGAAGAGAUAUUUGGUGGAGAAUCUAUACCACAGUUUGAAUUAAAUAAAAGAACAUUGAGUAUUUUACAUGAUUUAAUGAAAACUAAUAGAGUAAAAGAUAGAGAUGCUAAAUUGAUAGUUGAAGAUCACAAUCAAAAAGCUGAAGAGUAUAACAUUGAUGGUAAAAGAAUUGGUAAAAUAGUAGAAGGUAUUAAGUUAACACCAGCCUCCCUAUCACAAUCUGGUGUCACAAGUCUCAGAACAUUAGCUAAUUUAGCAUUAUUACUACAGAUAAAAGACACGACUGAUACAAGCUAUUAUUUAGGUUUACAGAAUUUACAUGAUCAAGAAACUAAAUUAGAAGAUGAUAGAAAAAUAGAAUGGAAAUUGAUAUCUGAAUUAUUUAAUAAAACCAGAACUUCUUUAAUUAAAUAUAACUCAUUACAUAAGGCUCUUGAAACAUUGGAAGAACAAAGAGGCAUACAGAAACCCAAGAUUGAAAGUCACUUUGAACAAACUGGAUUUCUCAGAAAUAAAGCUUUAGAAUACAAAAAACUAAUACAGAAACACCAGGGUCAGCUAGUCAAGUUAAAUGUUACACCAGAAAUAUAUCAUAAAACAUUAGUCAAAAAAUCAGAGGAUCUUCAGGCUUUACAUCAGAAGAUAACACCAUUAAAAAGUAAAUUACAAAGUUACCAUGAUCUACCUCCAGAUCUGACACAAGCUAGAGUCAAAAUAGAAGAAUUGAGAAGACAAGUGUCAUUACUAGAAGAAGAAUUAUCAAGUAAAAUUAAUAUGAUCCAUUUCUGA